AUGCCUAACUCCCCUAAAGAGGUGGUCUUCUCCUUCAUCUAUGCUGUAAAUUGUAAGUAUAGAAGGCACCAACUGUGGGAUGAGAUAGAGAAGCUAGCUAUGGACCCUACUAUUAACGGUAAACCUUGGGUUGCAAUGGGAGAUUUUAAUCAAACUCUGAACCCUAGCGAGAGUUCUGCUGGCAGUACAAGGAUCAACAAAUGCAUGGUGGAUUUUCGACAAUGCCUUCUGAAUGUGGGGUUUUCCGACUUGUCUUAUAGAGGAAACGACUUUAUAUGGUGGAACAAUCAGGAGGCCAACCCGCUAGCCAAGAAAUUAGACCGUAUAUUAAUCAAUGAUAAUUGGCUCAUGGAGUUCCCCUUGGCGUACGCCUACUUCGGUGAUCCGGAGAUGUCGGACCAUUGUCCAUGCUGCCUAAGACUGGGUGCUGCUACCAGAACCAAAGGGCCUUUUAUGGUGUCUCACUUCCUGUUCCAGCAUGAGGAAAUCCUCCCGCGGGUUUUUGAGUUCUGGAACAGCACCUUCAUUGAAGGAACAAAAAUGUUCAGAUUCUCCAAGAAGCUCAAGCUCCUGAAAAGAGUUCUCAAAGACUUAAACAGAGAACACUACUCGGACCUUGAAAAGCGCUUCAAGGAAGCUCAUUCUAAGCUGGCUGCCCAUCAAGCAAGACUCUUAGCAAACCCUUCUCCACUUUUAUCUAGAUUGGAGAAGCAAGCUCAGAAGAAAUGGCUUACACUGGCCUUAGCAGAAGAGAAAUUUCUCCUCCAACGCUCUCGAGUUAAGUGGGCGACGAGUGGUGACUGCAACACAGCCUACUUCUUCAGAAUGGUGAAUAGUCGAAGAGGCAUAAAUCAAAUCCACUACCUCGAGACAGACUCUGGUCAGCGUAUAGAGGAAAUUUAA